CUUCGAUCUUUGUAUACUUCCGACUCUUUAACUCUCCCUUCAUUGCAAACACCCUUCAUCCCCUGGAACAUUUACAUCCCAUGAUUCCAGCACUUCAACUGAUUUCUUCCCCUGCAUUCUACCCGAGCAUAUGUCUCACUAGUGCUUCUCUAUGUCGACAGUUCUAUUCGUGCGGACACCACGCGAUCGCCCCUUGGAAUGCGUCCCGUAACCUAAAUCAAGGAGAAUGAAUUGAGUGAAAAUCGAUAGGACAGUGCGACGAAACUCAGUACAUACGUUCCAUGAGGAAUAUUGAAUCUACAUUCCUCGGAAUGACGUCCCAUACAAGAUGCGAGCCCUACUAUUUUGCUUCCAGGCCUCCUGCCUAUACAUUCCAGCCCCUCUCACUCACACUCUAUCCGUGUUUGACGCGCCUGAGCCCUCGAUGUCAUUUCCCAUUUAGUCUCUGAUGGGCCCUUGAGUUCUACCUCAUGAUUUUUAUUUAUACAUACACGUUCAAUCCCAAAAAGAAGAAUAUAAGUCUGAUCACUGUCAACUCGUCGCGUUAGCCCCCGUUUACCUUCCAUCUCAAAUUACCCGACUUUUCAACCCACCCCCGUCGUCUUUCACCGUGGAUGCCCAUCGUCCACACUUGUGGAGGCUGUAGUACAGCUCGCUUCAAUUGUUAACCUGGCGAAGGUCACCAUGGCCAAUGGUCGAAUGCACUCCGCGAGAGGAGGGGCUUGGACAAAAGUCGUCAUAUUCAUCUCCCUCUAUGUCUUGCUUUUGGAAUCGGUCAUUGAGUGGGCUCUUGUCCUCUAUCUCUAUGGGAACAGAGAGGUCGACACGAAAAUGACCCCGAGCUUGAUCCUUACUCUUGUAGCUUCCUUUUUCACCGUACCUCUCAUUGUUCUCCAUAGUCUUCUUGCGUGGCAGUAUAACAGAGUUUCUGGUUUUGAAGGCCAGAAGACGAUGUUGCGGACUGCUUGCACAUAUCUUUUGCGACUGACUGUUAUCAUAUGGCUGGCGGCCAGUGUGGCAGGCUUAGUAGUUGUUUCGCAACAAGCUUCGUGCCUUCCUGAUACUGCCAACGGUAGCUUUUGGAAUACGGGCGUCAGCUGUGCUCUUCACAGGGCGGUUGUCAUUGUAUCGAUUAUGUCUUUCAUAACCGCCUGUCUCUACUUCUGUUCUAGGGAGCUCUGCGAGCGCCCGUACGAUGUAUCAAUGCUAGGUGUAUACAGACAGCAAGCGGUUUGUGAUGAGAGCAUCUUCUCAAACUCGAGCCUGGAAAGUGAUACCUUGAAGGAUGGCAUUCUCUAUCUUUGUCCCGGGCCCAAUGCUCCGUAUGGAGCCCGCGACCCGCAUUGGCCGUCAUCCACUGGUCAGCUAUUCGAGAAACCUACCGUGUCUCAUUUCCAGCACUCUGCACCAAUUCAUCAAAAGCAACACUCAGGACUCGAUGUAAGCCCUGAGUCGGAAAAUGCCGAGACCUUAUCAGGCUCAACCCUAAUCCACAACGGUACAUCUACCACCAACUUUUAUUCAAUCUCUCGCACACCCACUUUUGGAACUUCAGGAAGUAUCGGUGAGGGAUUCAUGCAAAGUCCCGUCGCAGAACUACCCAGUGGUCAAGAAGAUUCAUCAAGGUCUAGUCAUAAGAGGCAGAAGUCUUCCUUAUCAUCGCUUCGCAAGUAUCUUCCAAAAGCCUUCCCUAUAUCACUGCCUUUAUCAGCGGAUCCUCAAAUUCGUGCUCUUGCUGAUUCCGCUGCACCUCGGGAUGUGGAAGAGCAACCACAGAUGGAGAUACUAAGCAAGGGUGGUGCUUCCGGACAGCAAUUUGAUACUGAUUCCGAAGAGAAAGAGGGAGUGGCUUCUACCACUGUCGAUCCUGAAUUGCCAAGGUUACCAGAGGGUCAGGCUCUUACAAGCAUCCAGGCCCGGCCAAUGUCCUCGAGCUCCUCUGAUGCACCCGAGGUCGUGCUACCUGCGCCUCUCAAAGUACACAGAUCCAAUACAUCGCAUACCGCACCGAUACCUCGUAGCAUCCAUCGCCGCCAACCUAGUUAUACAAUCAUCCCACCAAAUCCGCUGGCAUGGCAUCCUGUUGGUAGGGUAGCCAGUCAUAGAGCCUCCGUGGUGGAGCCUGAUACCCAAAUCCGUCAAAACGCACGGUCUAAAGAACGACGACAAAGUCGACAUUACCAGUUUGAACAGUCGCAUGUACCCCGCCAUACCAGAAGUUAUCAUCAACCGCAAAGCCGGCACAACUACCGUGGCCGGUAUGAACCGCGUCGCAUGUCCUCUCAGUCCCGGAGGAAUGAUGUCGAAAUCCACUACCCUAGCACGCGACGGCCACGCAGCACUACUUGUGGUGGACUUGGAUCAACAGGAGCUCUGGAUUGUAUCCGGGAAUCAGGAGCAUCCGUGGAUGAAACCCGGGACAUGGUUUCUGAUGCCAACACUUAUCGCGGGACCAAUCGUACGAGUAUGGCCGGGUACUAAUCAUUAUCUCAGUCCGCAGGUCAGACUGUAGAGAUGAAGGAUAAGAAAACAGGGAACAAGAACCCCACUGGUAUGGGCAGCAAAAGCGAUAUAAACAAACCUAUUGAUCCUAUGUCUUUUGAGUGAGCUACUUUCUUCUAUCUUCUCCUGUCUAAAUACUAGCAAUAUACCGAUGCCAAACGCUCAUGUAUUAGUCUUUUUAUUUGAAGUUGAUGACUGUUGAGACGAGAAUUAACGGAAUUGAUAUUUUUGUUUAUUGUCUAAA